UAUUAAGCUUUUUUCUUUAUAAUUCUUUUUUGUUCUUUUUUUUUUUUUUUGUCAUGUCGUCGACAACCAGAGACGAUAUAGUUCCAAAAUCGAUGAGGAGAACCGAUCCACCGGUGGGUUUAAGCCCAACACCUUUCCGAAUGCAAUCGAAGAUCACCGCUACAACCCACCACCAACAAAUUCUUUUAUGGUAAUUUGAAAUUAAUAAAUACACUUUUCUCACCAAACUUUUACGGAAAAAGCACUUAGAAAAAAAUUGUCAAAACACAAAGGUGUUUAAAAGAAAAACGAAAACUUGACAACAUUUCUUUUUUUCUAAAUUGAAUCCAAACAUAUUGUAAAUUAGUAUAAAUUUCAGAGUAUAUAGUAGGCCAAAUGGUUACAGUUUACAAGUGUAAGUAAGAUAUAAAUUAAAUUACGAAACUACAGUUCGCUAAAUUGUUCUUAAAUGGAAAUUAAAAUAAUUUUCGGUUGAAUAGUUUUAGAGUUAGAUGAAAAAAAGAUGAAAGUGACUUAAGAGAAAGGGUGACAAUUCUAAAGGAGAAGAAUGGUUCACCUCCCCUGGAGGAAGAAGAAGACCAAUUAUUUACUACUGGAACUGUUUAAAAUGAAAAUGAGAUUUGAAAUUCAAAAAAUAAAAUUUGUCAAUUUGUCCUCACUGAUUAAUACGUUUUCCAAAUACAAAUGAGUUGGGUCUCAUUAGCACUUCAUUUCCAAUAUUAACUUCUUCCUUGAAAAUUCUCCUAUAAUCGCCCCAACCAGUACGAAACUGAAACUACUACUUCAACAAUAAUGCUCAUUUUUCCAACUUUCUUCAUUAUUUGUUUCAUUAUCCAUGGUAAUUCUCAAACUGCAGACCAAUACCCAUAUCGCAGUUGUUCAUCCGCCAAUUUCACCCAAAGUUCCACCUAUCACUCCAUCCUCAAUCUCCUCCUUUCAAAUCUCUCUGCCCAUGCCCCCGGAACUAACGGAUUCUUCAAUACUUCCAUCGCCCGACCCCCCAACGACGCGGUUUACGGCCUCUUCCAAUGCCGUGGAGAUGUCACGAACACCACCUGUCGAAAUUGUGUUACUUCAGCUACAAAAAAUUCUGCUGAACAGUUUUGUCCCCUGAGCCAAGGUGCUGUAGUUUGGUACGACGAAUGCAUAUUCCGCUAUUCUAGCCAUUCUUUCUUUUCCGUGAUAUCCUUAAGGCCAGGUCUGUUAGCUCAUAACGAGGCUGAUAUAGGCAUCGACACGGCUCGAUUCAACCAACUAGUCAUGUCCACUUUGAGGCAUACUGCAGCCAGUGCCUCUUCGGUAGACGAAUUGUUUGCAAAGCAGCACACAUAUUUCACGUCGGAUAUUACCCUUUACACAUUAGCACAAUGCACCCGUGACUUGUCGUAUUUGGAUUGCCAACAAUGCUUGGCUCAAUCUAUUGAUUACGUUCCCAAUUGUUGCGCUAAUAAACGAGGGGCGAGAGUUCUGUUUCCUAGCUGUUUUGUUCGUUAUGAAAUUUACAAUUUUUACGAAUUCACUUCAAACAAUUCAGUUCAAACUCCCCCGCCGUCUCUUCCUUCUUCUCCACCGGGAGAAAACAAAGUCUCACGGGUGUCAAUUGUGGCCAUUGUGGUUCCAAUUGCAAUUACUGUCUCGAUAAUUCUGGUUGCUGUGGGAUGGUGGUUCCUGCAUCGAAGAGCAAAGAAGAAAUACAGUCCAGUAAAGGAAGACAGCGUUAUUGAUGAGAUGAGCACUGCUGAAUCUUUACAAUUUGAUUUCAAAACAAUCAAUGAUGCUACCAACAAUUUCUCAGAAGAAAACAGGUUAGGUGAAGGUGGCUUUGGUGCAGUCUACAAGGGUAGGCUUGAAAAUGGACAAGAGAUAGCUGUGAAAAGACUAUCAAGAGGAUCUUCGCAAGGUUUUGAAGAGUUCAAGAAUGAGGUUAUGUUGGUUGCUAAGCUUCAACAUAGAAAUCUUGUAAAACUAUUGGGAUUUUGCUUGGAUGGUGGAGAAAAGAUACUCAUCUAUGAAUACAUACCUAAUAAAAGCCUCAAUUUUUUCUUAUUUGAUCCAAAGAGACAAAGAGAGUUGGAUUGGUUGAAACGAUAUAAGAUCAUUCAUGGAAUUGCUAGAGGAAUGUUAUAUUUACACGAAGAUUCUCGUCUUCGAAUUAUCCACCGUGAUCUUAAAGCUAGUAAUAUCUUGUUAGAUAAAAAUAUGAACCCAAAAAUUUCUGAUUUUGGUUUGGCAAGAAUCGUCCAAGUCGAUCAAACUCAAGGAAAUACAAAUCGAAUUGUUGGUACCUAUGGAUAUAUGGCUCCCGAAUAUGCAAUGCAUGGAAACUUCUCUUUGAAAUCUGAUGUGUAUAGUUUUGGAGUCAUAGUCUUCGAAAUUUUAAGUGGCAAGAAAAACAACACCUUUUACUUGUCAGAUGUUGCCGAAGACAUUAUGACCCAUGCUUGGAAACUAUGGACAGAUGGAACAUCAUUAACUUUGUUGGACGCGAGUUUGAGAGAGAGUUACUCAAAACGUCAGGCGCUUAGAUGCAUUCACAUUGCUUUAUUAUGUGUUCAACAUGAUCCACUUUGUAGACCUUCCAUGGCAUCCAUUGUUCUUAUGCUUAGCAGUCAUUCCACUUCUUUGCCCUUGCCUAAAGAGCCAGCAUUUUCUAUGCGCAGUAAAGAUGGUGGCAUUGUGAUAGAAAGUGAUCGGUCUACACGUAAAUCUGAUCAUUCGUCCACUAAUGAAAUAUCUAUGUCUGAGUUGUGCCCACGAUAGAGAAUGUCUCACUGCAUUCUAAAUCUUUUGUAUUUGUUUGUUGCGAUGAAUCAACUUAAUUAGUGUUCCAUCCUUUGUAACCAGUCUUUUUUUAGAAUAAUUUAGAUAAAGGUUUAAAAUAAGGUUUUGAUUAUGGCUUUUA